AUGACCGAAAAGAAAGAAAACAGAAUUGAACCAGCAACAAUUGGCCGCUUGUUUCAGGCGGUGGCAUUUCCAGACCCGGAUAACACGAGAAUCACGAAAAAAACACUAGACAUGGUUUCGGAGUACAUAGAGCUGUUUACAGAAGAGGCAAUUACGAGAGCUAAUCAAUGCCGAAUAGAGCAGGAACAGCAGGUGGCGAGGAACUAUGAAGUGGAGGCUGGUGAGGAGAAAAAGGUACAAGAUGGAGGAGUGAUAGAUUCGAGGCAUUUAGAGGCGAUUGCAGGAUUGUUGGUUUUGGACUUCUAA